AUGAAGGGUGGUAAACUAAGAAGAUUGGCUCGUAUUUGUUACGUCGACCAACACGGUAUAGUCAGACGUCACCCUAGCCCAGAACGACUUCGCCAUGCCGAAGAAGAUGACGACGGUGUGAUCUACCUUGGUAACAGCAAGUAUACGUCAGCCCUCAUAAGGGUCCUAUCGACUAUCUAUCACUAUAAGUACAUGCACUUGGGAUCACGACGGGUAUGUCAUCUACUACAACGUCGGUUUUACUGUAAGAAGAUGCAUAGGCUGAUCAGCUCUUCUCUACGUUCGUGUACGUCUUGUACUAAGGCAAGAGCCACACGACAACUCAACUACAUUACUAACCACGUUCAAGACUCAUUGACUACUAGCUUAUGGCAACUAGUCGGAAUCGAUGAGGCGGGGCCAUAUGAUAGAUCUACUAAACCUAACGACCAGAAGACCGAUGGUAAUGGUCCAUAUUACGUCCUUCUCGUCCAAGACUAUGUAAGUGGCUUUACUGCUGCAAGACCUAUGCAUGACGUCAAGGGUGGUACGGUUGCCGAUGCUAUACAUGGUGUGUUCUGUGAACAUGGGUCACCUUCGGUCGUUCUAAGCGACCAUGAUCGGAUCAGCCUGAUGUCAAGGCCUGUACGCCGAGUUCUACAACGUCAUGGCACUAAGCAGUACGUCCUGCCAGGAUACUCCCAGCAUUUAUCGUUCUGGGAACGUUCUCAUAAGGAUAUAGCCGACGUGGUCAAGGCUAUUCGAGAGUCACGUCAUCUAACUGAACGCUCUCAUUCUGCCGCCUUGGCGGUUGGAGCUAGUAAGAAGGCCUUACGGACGCCUCGUAUCGAUGGAGCUGGACGCGAGAGUGCCUACUAUGCCGAUGCUGUGAGCGCCAUCAAGGAGGAGCAACAAGCUUCCGUAGGGCGGGAACGCGUGGAGGCGGACGUCCGAGGCCAAGCCGCGGGGAAAGGAUACGACAUUGAUGUCAUGAAGAUCCCUUUGGAACAUGAAAGGUUCGCAGGACCAACUCCGGAACUACCAUAUGUGGGGUUCAAAUCUGAUCUCCAAGCAGCCUGUCUGUUCUACGGGUUCGGCGGUCGACGGGCGGUCAUUUUCGUCUUCCGGCAUCUGGCACGUUCCCUGCGUUGGGAGAUGGUCGCAGCCCUCAAGACUGAUGAACCUACCCUCGAAAUGGUUUGGACCUAUCUGGACAAACGGUAUGGCAUGCUCGAAACUCCCCAGUCGGCCGCCACUCGGUGGGAGAAGGUUCGUCAACGCCCUGAUGAGUCAAUUCUGGAUUUCUAUGGCAGGGUGCGAAGUGAGGCGGAUGUCUUCCGGAAAACGGCCGGCGCGGUCAUUACCGAGGAGUUGGUCGGGGCCAAGCUUUUGAACGGUCUGAAGGAAGCUAUACGAUCGGGUCUGGACCUGUCCUACGCGCAUCGUUUGACAUAUAUGAAGGUGGAUGAGAUCAGGGAUGCGGCGGUGUAUGUGGAGGAUCGCUUGUCGAAGGGGGUGCGGAGCAUUCCGACCCGAACUAGCAAGGAGGAUCCGAAGGGAAAGCCCUCAGCUGGAGGUGGGGGGAGUGUCACCCGAGAGGCGCGCUCAGUAUCGGCAGGGGGAGAUGGAAUAGUUAAAUGCGAGUACUGCUUGAAGAACGGUUUUGCCAAGGAUGCCAUUAAGCACACUGAAAGGAACUGCUGGAAAAAUCCAGCGAAUGCUGAUCGGGUUCCUAAAUGGUAUAAAGAUAAGUUCUCGAAGGGAGGUGGUGCUACGUCAUCCGCAGAGGUGGAGCAGACGUCUAGGGAGAAGCCGAGGUCCUUUGCAGUGAAGGCAAUGAGUUUGCAGGCGUUCACCGCCCGAUGCUGGGGACCCACUUCUAAGGGGACAAAAUCGGGGGAGGAUCCUCGGAGAUAUCGAACUAUAUCCGUCGUGAUCGACACUGGUGCGGACUAUACAUUGGUGGGUUUGCCUACAGCUACAGCCCUCGGGUUGGAAGUUAGAUCGUAUGCCUGUCCUGAACCGGUAACCUCGGCGGCCCAGGGUGGGAGCCUACUGGUGGUUGGCGAGUCGGACGCUCUCCUCUCGGCCGUUGGUCUGGAUGGGAAGGAGACGUGGUUCUCGUUGUGUGUGAAGGUAUGCCGCAACCUGGCCGAGGACAUCGGUCCCUAUGCGUUGUUGUUGGGAGUAGAGGCGAUGCAUCGGAUGCGUGCAACUAUAUCGUUGGGCGAAAGGGUCUUUCAUUGUGCGGAAUUGUCCGCGGCCUGGGCUCUGCGUGGUUUUGACAGUGGGGCGAAGCCCGGAGGUCAGGUCUACCAGGCAUCCGUGGACGAGUCAGUGUCUCUCGCCGAAGAAGCCAUCCGGGAAAGGAUGCAGGGUUGGGAGUGGCCAGAAGUGACUCUGGAGUUGAAGCCCAAUGCAGUUCGACCUAAGCCGAGGAGCCCUUACCGGUGCGGACCGACAGAACAACGAGCCAUGGAGUUGCUGGUCGGUGGGCUCAUUGACUCAGGGGUAGUGGAACCGGUGUCGAAGGCUCAGAUCGACGAGGAGGCUAUGUGGGUGGUAUCCGCUUUCGUCGUCCCUAAGCCGAGCGCCAAGGCUCUCGUGGAGGCAUCACUGGACCAGGAAUCCGUGUCCCGGUUCUUCCGAUUGGUGGUAGACGAGAGGGCGCUAUCAUGGGACCGACGGGCGGAUCAGGCGGGAAAGGUACUUUGCUAUGUGGACGACAUUUUGGUAUGGGGACGAACCGAAGAAGAGUGUCGUGCUCAUAUGAAAGCGGUAAGUGUGGCGUUAGGCAUGGCCGGGGCGGAGACUCCCAUCCAUAAACGCCAGGGACCUUCUUUGGAGUUGGACUUCGUCGGUAUGCGCCUAUGCCAAGGGUUCACCGAUGUGAUCGGACAACUCUCUGCUAGAGGAGCCAAAGCUAAUACCAAGCUCGAUUGGGAUGAGGACAUGGACUUUGAUUGGCGUGGUCUGGUACUAACUGUGACUGAUGCCAACUAG